AAAAUGCCGAAACACUCUGACCCCUCAGACGAAGAAACCUCGAGCUCCGGCUCAGAGGAACAAAACCCACAAGCGGGUGGUGGCGCUGUUCCAGAGUACGAGAAGCAGAGGCAAGCCAGAAUAGCACACAACAGGGCGAGAAUGGAGGCUCUGGGUCUGCCCAAAAUGGCCUCUUCUCUAAUGGGUUCGGCCCAGAAUGCGACGAAGAGGAGUAGGAAGGGGAAAGGCAAGGUCUUGGAGGAGGACGAUGAUGAGGAGUAUAGGCCUGAAGAAGAGGGACAUGGUUUUUCUAGUGAGGAGGAGGAGGCUGAUGAUGAUGAGGAUUAUGAGGAUGAGGAAUUAUCUAGUGCACGUAAGAAAAAGAAUAAAGGUAGGAAACAUAAAAAUGCUCGUUCAAGAAGUAGUUUGAGCAACUCGGAUUACCUGGAUGAUGAUGAGGCGUUGAAGCAGGCAAUUGCUCUUUCAUUACAAGGUUCUGCUGUUUCAGAUGUGGUAAAAGAUACUGUUAAUGUAGGAGAGAACCAAACACAGCAAGAUUCAGUGAGGAAGAGGAAAAAACCGCAGUCUGCUAGUCGGCUUCAGAUGACAGAGGAUGAGUUGGUUUUGCACUUCUUUCAGUUUGAUGAGAACUGCAAUGGAGGAAUUUCUGCUAGAAAUUUAGAAAAAUUAGCUGUCGCUCAUGAUUUUAUAUGGACUGAUAAGGAGGUGGCUGACAUGAUUCAUCUCUUUGAUAGUGAUGGAGAUGCAAAGUUAAGUCUUGAAGAUUUUCGGAAGAUUGUUGUUCGUUGCAACAUGAUAAAAGCACCUGAAAAUUCAUGAUGGGUUCAGAGAGAUGAUGGUCUUCAUUUGGAGUACAUGUCAUGUGAUCAUUUCUCAAAUUCGAGGUGACGAACUUCAACCCAAGAGCUUGAGAGAAAUGAGUAUAUAAUUUAUAAGUACAAGUUACCUUCACUAUCUUGAAAGACUGAAAGCAUGAGAUGUUUUUAUGAAUUGAUAAUGUAAAAAGUUGCUAGCAGUUGAUUUUCUCAGCUUUGUUCUGGUCU